AUGAUCCUGCUAGAAGUCACAUCACCUGACCCAACCGAAGCGAAGCCAAGCCCUGCCGCACACAAACCAUCCACACCCGAAGGUCGACAACUUCAUCCGUCCAUCCAACAAGCUCGCCGUCGCGAUCAACACUUCAAGAUGCCGAGCCACAAGACUUUCCGCACCAAGCAAAAGCUUGCCAAAGCUCAGCGCCAGAACCGUCCCAUCCCCCAGUGGAUCCGUCUGCGCACCGGCAACACCAUCAGAUACAACGCCAAGCGACGACACUGGCGCAAGUCGACCCUGAAGGUCUAA